GGCAGCACAGUAAUUGUUUGACACCAACACUAGAGUAAUUGGAAAAAUCGAAACCGAAAAAUCUUUUGCAAAAAGCUGAAAAAGCCGGAGUUUUCACGACCAAACAAAGAAAAUGGGCGAGCAACCGAUUUUCACCUGCCAGGCUCACGUCUUCCACAUUGACCCGAAAACGAAGCGCACAUGGAUUACGGCAAGUAUGAAAGCGGUCAAUGUGAGCUUCUUUUAUGAUUCGUCCCGCAACCUUUACCGCAUUAUCAGUGUGGAAGGUACUAAAGCCGUAAUUAACUCCACAAUAACACCCAAUAUGACAUUUACGCAAACAUCACAGAAAUUUGGGCAAUGGAGCGAUGUGCGUGCUAAUACGGUUUAUGGUUUAGGAUUCGCUUCGGAAGCCGAAUUGACAAAGUUUGUGGAAAAGUUCCAAGAAGUGAAGGAAGCAACAAAGAAUGCUAUAAAGGCUGCGAAUGGUUCAACUGUAGUUACGCCAACAACGUCUGCUAAUACAUCGCCAAUAUCAUCGCGUAUGCAGCAAAACGAUAACACCGCCAUAGAUCCGCAUACUGUGGAACCACCAAAUAUGUCCAAUACGAAUACACAAAACGCUAACCCGGAUAGUCCAUCGCAUAAACUAUUGCCAGCAGCGGAUGUUAAACAAGAGCUGACUGCAGGUGCCUCUCCAUCACCUGCUCCAACCGCGGUAACAGUCUCCUCAAGCGGCAGUAUUGUAGGCGUACACACUGGCGGAAGUGCUGGCGCUACAGGGGAGCAGCAACUCAAAUACGAGAAUGAACGACUUAAAAUGGCACUAGCACAAAGUUGUGCCAAUGCAAAGAAAUGGGAAAUUGAACUGGCCACGUUGAAAAAUAAUAAUAUACGGCUAACAAGUGCAUUGCAGGAAUCAACCGCCAAUGUGGACGAGUGGAAGCGUCAAUUGCACACAUACAAGGAAGAAAAUAUACGAUUAAAACGUGAUUUGGAAGUGAUUCGUGUCGGCGGUGGUGGUAGUGUUGUUGCCGGUGCUGCUGGUGGUGGAGAAAUUGCCGAAGAUUUACGACGUGAAAUUGGUUUAUUAAAAGGACGCAUCGAAUCACUAGAGAAUGAACUAAUGAGUCAAGAAAUCGAAUUACAGGCGGCAAAUAUGAGCAUACGCGAUAAAAGUCUUGAUCACAAUCAAAUGGGGAAGUUAAGCGAAUUGAGUGCACUAUUCUCCAAACACUUAACGGAACUAUUUAGUGUACAAAAAGACAUGGAAAAUAUCAUACAUCCAGCUAAAAGCACUUGAGAUAAAGAUAUGGGCUAUUUUAAGAAGGUUUCAGGUGUAGAACAACAAUUACAACAACAAACGAUAACGAUUAGAAAAUACGGUGCUUCGGGUACGGGUGGCAGCAGCGGUGGUGUUGGUGGUGACACCGAAAGCACACUCUCCAAUAUCACAUCAAUUCACUCACAAUUACAAUCUUUCAACGAAACAUGUGAUGAUACACAGAAAUUUUACACUACCAGUCAUAUGAGUCAGCAACAACAACAACAGCAGCUACACCAGCAUUUGCAACAACCAGGAAACAGUGAGAAAAUUAUUAGACCACAAGUGUUGCGCGCCAUGAAUAAACACUCAGUACUACUGCAAGAGUUACAUCAACGUCAAACGCAAGUGGCAACCAGCAGAAGUACACAAAUAGCAGCGGCUACUAAUAUACAGCACUUUGCAACCGGUUGCACAGCAACAUUGACUAUCACUACAAGUACAGUGACUGCAAACACAAGCGGUGCCGGGGUGGCAGCAACAGCUACUGUUUCCGCCGCUGCUGCAGCGGCUGUUGUGUCGCCUAAUAAAGUAGCCACACAAAUGACAAGUAGUGGCGGUGGCAAGACUGCAACUAUACUUGUGUCAAAAUCAAAAACUAAAACUGGUUUACCGCUGCUAUUAAAAAACUCAAUUAACAAUUAACAAGAAUGAAAAAAAUGCGGAUUAAACAGUUUAUAAAUUGUAACUUGCGAAUGUUUGAAGAAUUGUCAUGUGAAAUGGUGACGUAAAGUUGCUGAAAUUACGUACAUAAAUCAACGACCGUUAACCUGUGCCCAAUAUUUAAGAAUUUAUAACCAUACAACACAUAUACAUCAUCAUCAUCACCAACAACAUAUGCUGACAUAUAUUAAUAUAUUUAUAUUUCCAUUUUUAUGCAUAUUUUUAUUUUUGUUUUUUGUGCAAUGUUUAUUAAGUAUUUAAUAAUUUUGUGUCUAUCGAAACAUAAACCAAGUGGUAUGUGAGCAUAUAACCAAACGCGCAAAUUAUAUAGCAUAAUUACAAAUUAAUUACUUCAUUAGUGCGAGUGCAAACUUGUAAGUUAGACUUGCAAAAAUCAUAUAUUUAUGAUCCGUUGAUAUUAUAGUAAACUUAUUAACUUUAUUUCAUGUGCAAAGGACGUUGCAGCUAUUAUAUUUAUAUACAGCUACUAAAAUUAUUUCUAUAAAAUAUUUUUACUAAUAGAUUGAACAAGUAUUGCUAGACAAAAGCAGCGCAGUUAAGUGUAAUAUACAAAUUGUUUAAAUUGACAACACAUUUUUUGAGAUAACGCAACUUAAAAAAUUGGCUAACCAUUAUGUGAAGUGUCGGCAUGUGAAAAAGCCUGCACUAGUAUUUUUAAAAAUUAAAAUUUUGAUAUUUCCUUUUUACAACUUAAACGCAUAGCUAGUGUGUGUGUAAAAUUUACCAAGUAUUGUUUAUAUAUCGAAUACUAUGAGUACCAGUAAUAAUUUUUAUGUUUUUUACAACAUAUUUAUAUUGUAUUAGUUGAAUAACACUCAUUAUGCAUGUAUACAAAGGCAUAUGCAAAAACAAAACUAGUGAAAAAUUACAAAAAAUAAUAAUAAUAAAUAAACAUUGUAGAAAACACAGUGUAUUGGAAGGUUAGUAAAGCAAAAUCGAAUUAAAACAUAACAUAAACAAAAUAUACUAAAAAAUAUUAAAUCUAAAAAAUAUUAAAUUUAAAAAAAUAUUUGUAUUGUAUAUGAGUGUAACUAUUGUAACUGUAUUUGUUAAGUUUUAAUUUAUUCGUAAUUUAAUUGUAUACCUAUGAUAAUUAAAUGACUUUUCGCCAUAACAAUACGUAUGAAACUCGAAAUUGUAAUGACGUUGAUGCUAACUAUGAUAUUGUGGUUAACUUUGACAUUGAUAAUGUUUGCUAAAUACGAAAACAAAAUAUUAAGUAUUUGUAUUUGCUGUAACUUUUUUGUAUUAUUACUAAAUAAUUGCAGAUAAAGUGAAAAAAUAGCAUAGUAAAAAAAAUGAAACAUGAAAUUAGAAACGAAAAUCAAGUGAAAUGCAUGAAAAGCCGAACUAAAACUGAAAACAAAAAAAUAACUUAUAUACAUAAAUACAUAGCUAUAUUUUAACCAAUAAAUACCAAUGUGCAACUGUAUGGGCCAUGUAGGUGUGGCUAAGAUUUUUACGGUUACACGAAACGAUAGACUUCUAACUUCGAAUAAUAAAAUUAAGCAAACAGGAAGUGCAUUCAUCACACUAACCACGAAUUGCGUUGAAUCUCUUGUAGCAAUAACAGUAAACAUAAUUAAUUAAUCAAUUAUAUACAAAACAUACAUACAUAGAUACAUGCAUAGAACAUAGACACACAAGCAUAAAAAAUAAUAAUAAUAAUUAAUGAAAUAAUAAUGACAAACACAUGCGCAAAUCAUACAUACCAUUUAAAUAUAAAAUACCUAUAUUAAAUUGAAUAAAACCAAUAUACAAUACAUACAUACAAUGAUACCUAAAUACUAAUGUGCUUUUUAUCUAAAAGUUGGGAGUCUAAGCAAUACAGCAAUUGAGCAAAAAAAAAUGGGCGUGUAAUUGAGUAA